AUGAAUAGUCGUAUUCUAUCCAAAUUUGCUUCUUCUUUGCGAUCGAAGUAUGCAUUGUUGGGUAAAAAUCAGAGGUGGAUCAUUGGUGUUGGGAGCGCCGUCUCUGUUACAUUUGGUACCGCUUAUUACUUAUCAAAAUAUAGAGAUUCUCGUCGAACCUAUUUAUCCCCAUACACAUAUGCUAAUUAUUACAGUGAUAGAUAUAGAUAUCCUACUCAUUUAGAAAAUUAUUUGAAACAAGCUGUAUGGGAUGAAAGUAGCAAUGUUAAUUACAACUAUACAGAAUCUCUUCAUAAAUAUAUUGAAGUAUUAAAUAAAUUACAAGAUUUAAAAGUUAAUCCUUUAAGUGAUGAGUAUACUAGGAUAGAAUUAAAAAUUGCAGAAAUGUUUGAGAAAUUAGAUUUACAUGAAAAUGCGAAAAAUAUUUACUUGGAAAUGUUAUAUAGAUUUUUUGAAUCCUUGAAUACUCCAGGGGUAGUACCAGACGAGAUGAGACCUGAGUUGAUUAGAAAGGAUUUGAGAGUUUUGAUUAAAUCAUUGGAAGUGAAUAAAGAUUUAGAGAUAGGUAAAAGAAACUUGUUAGCUCAUUUGUUACUUGCCCAAGAGGAAAUUUUAAUUAGAUCACCUGAAUUGAAAAAGUUUUUCGACUCAAAGAGAGAAAAAGCAGAAAAAUUGGUGAAAGGUAAACCAAUUAAUGGUUCAGAAUUUAAAUCUUUCGUUAAUGAUGAAAAUCUGAAAUUUAAUGAAGAUGGUUAUAUGAUUAUGGACAUUCAAAAGAAUACUAGUGCAUGGGAACCCUUUAAAGAAGAAUUUUUUACAGCUAGGGAUUUGUACACUGCGUAUUGUUUGUCAGCCAAAGAUGUUCCGUCAGCAUUAAGUUGUAAGAUGACUACUGUUCAAUGGAUGAUUAUGGCAGAUAUGCCACCAGGUCAAAUCUUAUUAGCGCAAGCAAAUUUGGGUGCGUUGUUAUACUUACAAGCGGAAAAGUUUGAGUCUGACCUCUUUCAAAUUGAUAGCAAAUGUAAGAUAGAUCCAGGAUUUAUAGAAGAUGAAAAAGUGGUAAAAGCCUUAAGGUAUUUAAGGAAAAAUAGAGAUACGUGUUUACAAAUGGCUAACCAAUGUUAUGAUUCUAUAUUAAAGUUUUCUAACGAUCAUAAUAAACUACGAUACCAUAUGAAGGAUCAGUUAGAUACUGCCAUCCCUCAAGCUAUUGCAUUGUCGACUUAUGGUAAAGGAAUUCUUAACCUGCAUAACGGGGUUCUAAACAAAGCAGAGCGCCACCUUUCAGAUGCUAUAUCGUUAGCAAAGGAAACUGAUUUUGAAGAGUUGUUGAAGGAAGCAGAAGGUGAGUUAAAGAAGGCAAAGGAUCUUAAAGAACACAAUAACUCUUUGGAUAAGAGUACAGAUACAUGUCAAUAA